AAUCUGAUUUAUUGACUGUGAGAGCCAUCCAACUUGAAUCCAGGAGGAAGAAGUGGAAAUACCUUCUGAGUGCUGUGAUUGGAGCUCAAGCAAGCUCCAAAUUUGCAAAGCAGUGAGCAUAGUGUUACUGCCCACAUGGGGGUAGAAGCAGGCAGUUGAAUAGCAGGGAUGUGAAGUCUUACGUUCUCCCAGGGGCUUGAUGGGAGGACAGACCGGUAAGCAAUUGGACGAGAGGUUCUUGUGCUAAUGAACUUCAAAUCUACAGAUCUGGAAAACUUUUGGCCAAAGCUGGAACCUCUAUGCUGUGUCUCUUUAACACACUCUAACCCUAAGGGUGGUGCUCAUGUCACUCAAGACUCAAUAGCCAAUCAGAACCUCCACAUGGACCUGCCAGUCAGAAGAGGAGGCGGUUCUUCCGGGUCAAGCUUGCAAGCUCCUUUCUGUAACUCAGCAGUCAUGAGAGUUUCUGUGUGAUGUGUUAUGCGUGACUCUACUGGGUGUUGUGAGAGGAGGUUAGUCAAGCUCAGAACUCCAAACAUGUGUCUUCGCUGGAUGCUGUGAAUUUAGCUCAAGCAAGCUCAGAACUUCACACAUGGAUUUAGUCACCUAUGAUGACGUGCAGGUGAACUUCACUCAGGAUGAGUGGGCUUUGCUGGAUCCUUCUCAGAAGAGUCUCUACAAGGGUGUGAUGCUAGAGACCUACAGGAAUCUCACAGCUAUAGGUUACAUUUGGGAAGAACAUACGAUUGAAGACCAUUUUCAAACUUCUCGAAGUCAUGGAAGGCAUGAAAGAAGUUGUUCUCCAGAGCAACCCUCUGACUUUAUUCAAUGUGGUAAAGCCUUUGCAUAUGAGAGUGGUAGACAAAGGCAUCAAAUUAAACAUAAUGGAGAGAAACACCAUGACUGUAACCAAUGUGGUAAGGACUUUAGAACAUGGAAUGUCCUGCAAAUACAUAAGCGAACACAUACAGGAGAGAAACCCUAUGACUGUAAACAAUGUGGUAAAGUCUUUGCAAGAAGCUGUCAUCUCCAAAUACAUAAUCGAACACAUGCAGGAGAGAAACAUUAUGAAUGUAACCAAUGUGGUAAAGCUUUUGAAAGAAGGAGUCACCUCCAAAUACAUAAGCGAACACAUACAGGAGAGAAACCCUAUGAAUGUAACCAAUGUGGAAAAGCCUUUGCAAGAAGUGGUGUCCUCCAAAAACAUAAACGAACACAUACAGGAGAGAAACCCUAUGAAUGUAAACAAUGUGGUAAAGCCUUUGCACAAAGCAGUCAUCUCCACAAACAUGAGCGAACACAUACAGGAGACAAACCCUAUGAAUGUAAACAAUGUGGUAAAGCCUUUGCAGUAAUCUCUACUCUCCAAAUGCAUAAGCGAACACAUACAGGAGCCAAACCCUAUGAAUGUAAACAAUGUGGUAAAGCCUUUGCAGUAAUCUAUACUCUCCAAAUGCAUAAGCAAACACAUACAGGAGAGAAACCCUAUAAAUGUAAACAAUGUGGUAAAGCCUUUGCAAGAAGCUGUCAUCUCCGAAUACAUAAGCGAACACAUACAGGAGAGAAACCCUAUGAAUGUAAACAAUGUGGAAAAGCUUUUGCAAGAAGUGGUGUCCUCCAACAACAUAAACGCACACAUACAGGAGAGAAACCCUAUGAAUGUAAACAAUGUGGUAAAGCCUUUGCACAAAGCAGUCAUCUCCGAAUACAUAAGCGAACACAUACAGGAGAGAAACCCUAUGAAUGUAACCAAUGUGGAAAAGCCUUUGCAAGAAGUGGUGACCUCCAACAACAUAAACGAACACAUACAGGAGAGAAACCCUAUGAAUGUAAACAAUGUGGUAAAGCCUUUGCACAAAGCAGUCAUCUCCGAAUACAUAAGCGAACACAUACAGGAGAGAAACCCUAUGAAUGUAACCAAUGUGGAAAAGCCUUUGCAAGAAGUGAUGACCUCCAAAAACAUAAACGAACACAUACAGGAGAGAAACCCUAUGAAUGUAAACAAUGUGGUAAAGCCUUUGCACAUAGCAGUCAUCUCCACAAACAUGAGCGAACACAUACAGGAGACAAACCCUAUGAAUGUAACCAAUGUGGUAAAGCCUUUGCAGAAAGCAGUACUCUCCAAAUCCAUAACCGAACACAUACAGGAGACAAACCCUAUGAAUGUAACCAAUGUGGAAAAGCCUUUGCAAGAAGUGGUGACCUCCAAAAACAUAAACAAACACAUACAGGAGAGAAACCCUAUGAAUGUAAACAAUGUGGUAAAGCCUUUGCACAUAGCAGUCAUCUCCACAAACAUGAGCGAACACAUACAGGAGACAAACCCUAUGAAUGUAACCAAUGUGGUAAAGCCUUUGCAGAAAGCAGUACUCUCCAAAUCCAUAACCGAACACAUACAGGAGACAAACCCUAUGAAUGUAACCAAUGUGGUAAAGCCUUUGCAGUAAUCUCUACUCUCCAAAUGCAUAACCGAACACAUACAGGAGAGAAACCAUAUGAAUGUAAACAAUGUGGUAAAGCCUUUUCACAUAGCAGUAAUCUUCGAAUACAUAAGCGAACACAUACAGGAGAGAAACCCUAUGAAUGUAACCAAUGUGGAAAAGCCUUUGCAAGAAAUGGUGACCUCCAAAUACAUAAACAAACACAUACAGGAGAGAAACCGUAUGAAUGUAAACAAUGUGGUAAAGCCUUUGCACAUAGCAGUCAUCUCCACAAACAUGAGCGAACACAUACAGGAGACAAACCCUAUGAAUGUAACCAAUGUGGUAAAGCCUUUGCAGAAAGCAGUACUCUCCAAAUCCAUAACCGAACACAUACAGGAGACAAACCCUAUGAAUGUAACCAAUGUGGUAAAACCUUUGCAGAAAGCAGUACUCUCCAAAUCCAUAACCGAACACAUACAGGAGAGAAACCAUAUGAAUGUAAACAAUGUGGUAAAGCCUUCGCAAGCAGUAGUGACCUCCAAAAACAUAAACGAACACAUUCAGGAGCAAAUCCCUAUGAAUGUAAACAAUGUGGUAAAGCUUUUGCACAAAGCAGUCAUCUCCGAAUACAUAAGCAAAUACCUACAGGAGAGAGACCCUAUGAAUGUAACUAGUAUGGUAAAGCCUUUGCAGGAAGCAGUGGUCUCCAAUGCCAUAAAAGAUAAAUACAGGAGAGACACCAUAUGAAUGUAACCAAGGUGGUAAACCCUUUGAAGGAAGCAGUGGUCUUGAAUAUCAUAAUCGAACACACACAGCUGAAAAACCCAGGAAUGUAACCAAUGUGGUAAAGUCUUUGCAGGAAGGAGUGACCUUUAAAGAGAAAAGACCAUACAGGAGAGAAACUCUAUGUAGGUAUCUGAUGUUAUAAAGCCUUUGCAGCAAGCAUUGAUCUUCAAGUACAUAAAUGAACAUAUACCAGAGAGGAACCUUUUAAACGUAACCAAUGUGGUUAACCUUUUUCGAAAACCAAUAGUCUUUACACACAUAAAAGCACAUAAAGUUGAGAGAAAUGCUUUGAUUUUAACCAAUGUGGUUAAACUUUUUCAAAAAGCAGUCAUCAACAAAAUCAUGAAAGAGCACGUAUAGGAGAGAGAUUUUUGAAUGUUAGCAAUGGUGCUUUUAUAGCUUUUUCACAAAGCAGUGGCCUCCAAAUAUAUAAAGGAACACAUACAGGAGAGAAACCCUAUGAAUAUUGGCAAUGUUUUAAAACACUUCUACAUCACAAUCAUCUUCAAAUCUGUAAGGAACAUGAGGUUUUGAGAAAUCCUCUGAAUAACACCAAUUAGGGAAAGCAAUUGUACAAAAGAGUCAUCUCCCAACACAAAAGUAUACACACUAGAUAGAAACCCUAUGAAUAUAGGCAAUGUGGUAAACAUUUUAUAAGUCACAGUAGUCUCUAAGUAAAUAAAAAGAGACACAGUUGAGAAAAACACUAUGAAAUGAACAAGUGAACAGAGCCUUGUGCAUUAAAAUCUUCAAAUACAUAAAAGAGGACAUAGAGGUGAGAAAUCCGAUGUCUACAAGCCAUGUGGUAUUCCUUUCACUUGUAAGUCAUAUUCAAAGACACAAAAGAAAACAAAAUGUAACAAAAGGCUGAGUGUGUUUAAUAUGGUGAAACUUUUUGAAUAUUUUAGAGUCUUCACAAUGAAACAAUUCAUACUGCAAAUAAAUUUAGGAAUAUAAUAUGGUGAAACCUUUUCAGAUUUCCCAAAUCUUCAUCAUUAUGAAUGGGAAACCCAUAAAUGCAUUCAAUAUGGGGAAGCCUUUAAACAUUUCUAAUUCUUUAUAAUCCUGAAAAUAAUCAUACAAAGUUCAAGGGGAUACAAGAAAUGUUUCUUAUUGUCUUGCUUGAGUUACAGUCCUGACAUCCUUUGGUAUGAAUAUCAAUGUGGAAAUUGUGAGUGGAUUCCCUUUCCUCCCCAACUGCUUCUUGGUCAUAAUGUUUAUGCAGGAAUAGAAACCCUGACUAAGACAAAUUGGUAUCAGGAGUGGGGUAUUCCUGUGACAACCUGACCAUGUUUUGGGAGGACUGUGGAAGGACUUUGGAACUUUGGGUUAGAAGAUCCAUUCUGUGUUAAGAACGCUGUGGGAUGUUGUGUAGGAGCUUGGAAGAUAAUGUUGAGAACCGUGCAGAAGAUGGAAGCCUGGCUUGUGAAAUUUCAGAGGGAAAAUUAAAGCCUCUUUUCAGGGCCAUUGUUACUUUGUGAAGAUUCUGUGGUUCUGGUUAACUGGGGCUGAAGAAUCAGCUGUGAUUAACAAGAUAAUAGAAUUUCUAGAGUGAAAACUUUGCAUUAUUGGGACUGUUGAUGCUGGUUAGCUGGAGCUAAGAAAUUAGCAGUGAUUAAGAAGAAACCAGCAUCAUUGAAGUGGCAUCAUCUGUGAAGUGUUUUUUGAGAGCACAGAGGAAGUGUUCUAGAGAUAAUCAAGGUGGUACCUUGUGCUGUGGCUGGACUUGGUAGUGUGUAAGUCUUAACCUCGUGGUACUGGUUUUGAAGGCAUGAAGGGAUAAUGCAGAGCAGCUAAGGCCCAGCACUUUGAGAGGCCAUGGAAGGCAACUGGUGAAGGUGCAGACUCAGGUGAAAUUGAUGGCCCAGUACUGAAGAGAUCAUGCAGUGUGUUGGAGUUGACAGGUCCAUGAUUGACCACGAAGAACAGCAGCAGCAGUAAAGUACAUGCAUCUGGAGCCUAGAGGACAAGUGGUGUGCUACAAAGGACAGGGUUGGAAAAGUGACCCAAGCCCUUGGUUCUUUUGGAGUUGUCCAAAAGAUCGUGAGUUGGAUCCGAGACAUUGGACAGUUGGAGUUUAAUUUUUACUUUUGAUUGUGACUGUGCCCUGAUGUUUUUCCCUCUUGAAGGAAACAAGUAUUUUAGUGGAUUCCAUUGUAAAAGGCUUUGGAUUUUGAAGGAUAUUGGAUAUUUUAAAAGCAUUGAACUUUUAAUAUGUAAAGUCUGUGGGGCUUUCAAAGUUGUGUAUAUCUCGGGCAUGAAUAAGAAACUAAGAGUUGAGCAUUACUAGUGAUGUGUUUGCGUGUCAAAUUGACAAGGUGUCAAUUAUACUGGCUAAUUUUGUGUCAACUUGACACAAGCUGAAGUUAUUACAGAGAAAGGAGCUUCAGUUGGGAAAUGCCUCCAUGAGAUCCAGAUGUAAGACAUUUUCUCAAUUAGUGAUCAAGGGGAAAGGCCCCUUGUGGGUGGGACCAUCUCUCUGCACUGGUAGUCUUGGGUUCUCUAAGACAGCAGUCUGAGCAAGCCAGGUGAAGCAAGCUAGUAAAGAAACAUCCUUCUGUGGCCUCUGCAUCAGUUCCUGCUUCUUGACCUGCUUGAGUUCCAGUCCCGACUUCCUUGGUGAUGAACAGUAAGCAGUAUGAAAGUGUAAGCCAAAUAAACCCUUUCCUCCCCAACUUGCUUCUUGGUCAUGAUGUUUGUGUAGGAAUAGAAACCAUGAAUAAGACAAGGGGUAUAAGGUAUGGAUUGUAAAAAAAAAGAUUAGACAAUAAAGAAAUGAAGAAAUAAAAUUAAUUUUUUUUUAAAAAAGGAGGAUCAGACAGAAACAUUCCUUCCAAAUUAUACCUUUAUUUUCACACCAAUCAGGAUUUAGGGAUAGGGGCUUAUGUAGUUUACAGUGUCAUCUGUUAUAUAUUAUGGGUGUUAUAGCUUAACUAAUCAUAUGGAUUUGUUCUUUGGUGGUAAAGUACAGGUCUUAUGUUUUGAGGGGCACAAUGAAAAGCAGAAAGCAUUGUUAGAGACAGUCAUUAUGUUUUAAAAAGAAAAUAUGAGUAAAGUGAGGUUGGAUCUCCACAAUACCUAAUCCUUGGAAACGAACUUAGUUUCACCAUAUGAUUAAAUUCAGGAUAAUAACAAAAAGGCAAUACUUAGGGCCUGGUGUUUGGAUUUGAUUUGUUUUUCUGCUAAUUCCCAAUUGUGUAUUGAUUCUUAUGGUACUCUUGUUAAAUUCUUCCCAAAUUUCAUGAUAAUCCUGUACUGGGACACUGAGAUUCCCUGCCCCAAGCUGAUUAUAAAUGGGUAACAAAAGUGCCAGCAGCCAAUGGCUAGGCAGGCAACAAAGGCAGAACUUUUGGAUUCAUGGAAAGGGAAACAAAGAGGAUCUCCAUGCCAGUAAAGGAUUUGGAUGCCAGCUUCAGAGCUGGGAAAGACACAAUACCAGCCACAUAAAAGCUAGGAAAGAGUGACCCCAGUGUUCCCUCCUCUGAUUGGUUCUGGAGAAGCAAAGAUGGCCUCUAGAUUUAGGAAAUUAGGUGUAUCACAGGGGAACCAAUAGCAAUGUGGAUGUUUGGUAGUGUCCCAGCCAAUGAGCUGAUUUGGAUUAUUACAUAAUGCUGUUUGUCUUUCAUUUCAGACUCCAAAGUACUUGUAUGCUGAGCUAAGAACUUAAACAGGUGGCAUCCUAUAGUAGAGCAGAGUAACCAACUGAGUCUACAGAAGGCAUCACACCUACAGGAUGGAAUGCAAUAUUAAAAACUAAUUGGGGAUUCUCAAAUGAAAAACAAAUGCUAAGAUGUGAAAUUAAGGGAUGAGGAAAAUUGGUUUCUUAGUGGAUUCACUUGUUUUGCUGAGCCAUUUGAGUCCUCACUAGCUGUGCAGGUUCACAACUAAAACAAAAGUUGAGCUAAAAUGGUAUGCAUAAUUCUUGGAUUUGUGGAAUGAGCUGGGACUCAGAAAAAUGUCCCAAGCUGAUCCAGACAUCCUUGUUGGUCUGGAUUUUCCAUGAGCCCUCUUCCACCAUGAGCCCUUCUAAAAGAUUUCUGUCUGCCUCAAAUAUUUUAAGCUUGCAGGUGCAGUACAAAGAGACAGGCUGCUCAGAAAGCAACAACAGAGGUAGAUGGUAGAGGCUGCCCAGAGUUAUAAUCAGAAAAAAAGAAUAGAGAGAAAUCGAUGAGAUUUGUUUUAACAUCUUUUAAGGAAAAAUGAGCAGGUGGUGAUUGUGUAAGAGUGUUUGAGGCAAUCUCUGUGAAGGGCCCUAAUGUCUGCAGAGGAUUCUCCACAUGGCUGGCACCCUAGCACACCCAGGUCCUUGAGAUCACUGGUAAGUGGAAUGCAAGAUAAGUUCCAAAAAAUACAGAGGGUCUUGUAAUAGUAGGAACAGGGACAAAGGACAGCAGCGUGACCAGCGACUGAGGUUAACUUCUGGUUGGAGCCACCCUCUCCCACCCCCAUGCAAUCUUUGGCCAGAUCUCAGCAGAGAGCCCAAAGGUCCCCAGAGGACUCUUCAUGCUGAAGGCCCCCUAGCACACUCUGGUCCUUGAGAUCACUGGUGAGUGGAAUGCAACAUCACUUCCAAAAAAUCCAGAGGGUCUUGUGCUAGCAGCAACAGGGUCAAAGGACAAAGGCAGGCCCUAGCACAUCCAGAAUCUUGGGAUCACUGAGAACUGUUUAUGCAGGAGAGUAAGUGGGCAGCAGAAGUAACUAAGCUUCUUGAACAAGGUCCCUACAGGCCUUCAUCCUCAGCCAGAAGACAGACCUAACACCCAGAACCCUAGACACUUUCCCUGCGAGAGGGGAGUCGGCCUCCAGGGAGGGCUCUGACCCCAGGAAUCAGGAGGUGGAUCUGAACUCCAGACUUCUGUGCACCUUCUCUGUUGGCACUUUCUCUUUAUGUUACCUAGGUCACAUUAUAUUUAGUGGAUAGGAUUAAAGACAAUUAAGACUGUAGUAAGAUUAAGGGAGAGUUUCCCUUAGAAUUUAAGACAUAUUUCAAACAACCAGAAUGGAGAUUUUUUAAUUAUGUUUAUUCUUUAAUUAUACUCCAGUCAUUAUCACCCCCCCAUUCCAACCACUUACAGUUUCUCAUCCCAUAUCCCGACCCCUAUGUACAUCUCCAUGAGGGUGUCCUCACACCCACAACCAUUCAACAACAUCCUGCCAGGCCUCCCCAAUCCUUGGGACUUCAAGUCUCUCAAGGAUUAGGUGUGUCUUCCCUCCCUGAGUCCGGGCCAGGCAGUUUUCCUCUGUAUAUAUGUUGGGGACCUUGGACCAACAAGUGUAUGCUGCCUGGUUGCUGGCUCAGAGUCUGAGAGAUUUCCAAGGUCAAGGUUUCUUGAGACUGUUGGUCUUCUUGUUGGGUUGUAAGACUCCCGGGAGCCUUAGCUUACUGGGGACCUGUGAGUGAACCAUGUGGGGCUGGAAUCAAUGGAAAAAGCAAGAGGAAUUUAUUGUUCCACUAAACUGGGGUCAUCCCAGACCCUAAGGAGAGGUGGUGACCCGCGUGCCUGUUCGGCGAGCUUUUAUAUGGUUGUCAGGGGCAAAAUAGAGCAUCAACCUGGCAGUGGUGGCAUACACCUUACAUUUAAAAGCUCCUAGUGGAUUGCCCAGACCCCUUAAUGAGGGCAAUGCUGCAGCAGGUUUGCAUAUCAGGCAGAGUAUAGGCAUUACACAGGAAUAGUUCAGCCAAACACUCUCUUUCUUUACAUCAUUAAAAAGCAAUAGGUUGAGACAACAAUUUGGUAUUUCUUGAGAAUGUGCAUGUCAAAUUGUAAAGACUUUCAUCAGUGUCCUCAAUUUCUUCCUGUAUCACACAAAGGUGUUAAUCCUCUAGGAGUUAAUCCUCUAGGACUGGUACCUACUCAGUUAUGGCAAAUAGAUGUUACUUAUAUAUCUGAAUUUUAAAUUUUAAUUUUAAAAAUGUUAAACAAUGUACAUAUGUGCUAUGUACAAUCCAGUAGUGAGAAGCGCGACAGGCCCCGAAAACCUGUGUGCUGUCCUGAGGCGAGAAGUUCACGGAAACUUAGUCUCCUGGAAUCUUGCCAUCACGUAUAAAGAAUGCUCCAAUGUCCUUGCUUUAGUUGGUAAACGGAUCUUGGGCUUUCCCUUAAUGUUGCUUUAUUAUAAGUCCUCCUAAGGGGGCUGGAGAGAUGGCUCAGUGGUUAAGAGCAUUGACUGCUGUUCUGAAGGUCCUGAGUUCAAAGCCCAGCAACCACAUUGUGGCUCACAACCACCCAUUAUGACAUCUGAUGCCCUCUUCUGGUGUAUCUGAAGACAGCUAUAGUGGACUUAAACAUAAUAAAUAAACAAAUCUUUAAAUCACAUAAUUAUAAACAAAAUAAGUGCUCCUAAGUAUUGAUUUUUUUUUUUUUUUUUUACAUAUAGCUAAGUUAGAUUCUAGGCAGUCGUUGAUCCGACCCUGGGCAUGGAUAGCUAAGUCAUUGCCCUAUGUAGGAAUUUACCAAUAUCUAGGAAGAGGGAAGUUAGUGACCUAAGGAGGAACCAGAGUAGAUACUUAGAACUAUAGAUAGCUGAGUUACACCCAUAUACAAGUGUUUACAAUGGCCUAGGGGGAACAGGAACCCAGACCCCUUAAUGAGGGCAAUGCCACAGCAGGUUUGCAUAUCAGGCAGAGUAUAGGCAUUACACAGGAAUAGUUCCGCCACACACUCUCAUUCUUUUUGUUUGGUUUUUUUUUUUUUUUAAAUUCUAUUUAUUUAUUUAUUUGUUUGUUUAUUGUAUGUAAGUACACUGUAGCUGUCUUCAGACACUCCAGAAGAGGGCAUCAGAUCUCAGUACAGAUGGUUGUGAGCCACCAUGUGGAUGCUGGGAUUUGAACUCAAGACCAGUCAGUGCUCUUUUUUUAAAAUAUUUUUAUUGGGUAUUUUCCUCAUUUACAUUUCCAAUGCUAUCCCAAAAGUCCCCCAUUCCCUCCCCCCACUCCCCUACCGACCCACUCCCACUUUUUGGCCAUGGCGUUCCCCUGUACUGGGACAUAUAAAAUUUGCAUGACCAAUGGACCUCUCUUUCCAGUGAUGGCCAACUAGGCCAUCUUUUGAUACAUAUGCAUCUAGAGACAAGAGCUCCGGGGUACUGGUUCAUUCAUAUUGUUGUCCCACCUAUAGGGUUGCAGUUCCCUUUAGCUCCUUGGGUGCUUUCUCUAGCUGCUCCAUUGGGGGCCCUGUGAUCCAUCCAAUAGCUGACUGUGAGCAUCCACUUUUGUGUGUGCUAGGCCCCGGCAUAGUCAGAUGCACUAAAAGAAACACUCUCAUUCUUUACAUCAUUAAAAUAAUAAUAGGUUAAGACAACAAUUUGGUAUUUCUAGAAAAUGUGCAUGUCAAUUUAUAAAAACUUGUCUUCAGUGUCCUCAAUUUCUUCCUGUACUACAUAAUGGUGUUAAUCCUUGAGAACACAUACCUAAUCAAGUAUGGCAAAUGGAUGUUACUUAUAUAUCUGAAUUUAAGAAAUGUUAAACAAUGUACAUAUGACUAUUGAUAUCUUCUCAUGCUUUCUAUUUGCAACUGCUUUAACAGGAUAAGCAACUAAAUAAGGAACUAGUCAUUGCCUACAUUGUUUUUCUAUUCUUGAUGUUCAAAAUGAUAGGAAGACAUAAAGUUACUGGCCAUUACAGUCAGGCAUUUGUGAUGUUUUGUUAACAAUUUAAUACUUGUCAUAUUACUGGGAUUCCUUAUUAUUCUCAAAGACUAGGUAUUGUGGAGCACACCCAUGGAACUUUAAAACAAUUCUCAAUUUAGCACAAUCUUCAAUCAUAUGGUAGGAAAGUCUCAAGGAGGCAUCAUCUGAAUCAGGUUAGCCUUUCACAAUAGCUGUGGGAUACUGUCAUAGUUAUAUUAAUUAAGAUGAAGAGACUUAUCACGGUAAGUUGCUCCAUUUCCUAAGCAGGGACCCUGGUUGUAAAAGAAUGGAGAAAGUGAACUGUGCACUAGCAAAAAUGCUCUGAGACUCUCUGCUCUUGACUGUCGAUAGGUGUGCACUCUUGUUGCAGGCUCUUGACAUUGCAACAUUUUACCACCAUGAACCAUACUACGGAACUAUGAGCUAAAAUGACCCUUUCUUUCCCAUUUGCUUUUCCUAGGGUAUUUUAUUGUAAGAAUAGCAUUGAGACGUACCAAUAAAUUUAAACAUUUUGUUUCUCUUUUGAGGAUUUUUAAAAAUGAAACAUAAAGUAUAUAUGGCAUGAAAGGCAUUGUCCAAAGAAUGCCAAGUGCACACAUCUCACUAGUCUAUCUCUUGAUGGACAGCCUCCCUCAGUCUCACUCUCUGUCAGGCAUCAUUCAUUUCUCCAGCCAGGAAACAGUAGAUUCCUACUAUGCUAUCCCUGGCUUGACCUGCAGCUGUAUAUUACCUCCAAUCUGAAACUAACUCAGAAGGAGGUUAUGGGACUCACAGUGUUCCCAAUGGGGUUGUAUAAGCAAGAACCAGUUCAUGAGGGAGAGAUGACUCCCUGGUAGCACUGCCUGCAAGCAGUAUAGCAAACUUCAGGGAUUCAGCUCCUUCAAGGCAUCACCCAUGUUGGGUUGCUUUGUUAGUGACUCAGCUAGCUGACUAUAUCAACCAUAAUCCGAAAAGCUCAAUAAUAAUUUCUCUCCCAUUCACUGGGCUUGAAAUCACUUCAGAGACAAAGUUUUGGUUGUUUUGGGGAGUUUGAGAGAAGCAAAAAAAAAAAAAAAAAAAAAAGGAUCAAAACCACCCAGAAUGAAAUGACUCCAAAUGUUGGCCCAGCUAAGGUGGAAAAUCAUGGGCCAAGAUAAACCUUUCCUUCCCAUAAUCCUAAAAUAUUUUUGUUGGGUAUUUAUUUGCAGCAACAAGAAAACCCACUGAUGCUCCAAAACAAUACUUGGGUGGAGCCAUCUCCUAUCUCUCAACAUGCUCUAUCUGGAAGGAAAGGAAGUUCCUUCACAUCUCCCCAGGAUACAUUUAACAACAAACACCCCAUUAAGAACUUGCUGUAAUCAUUGUCCAGGGUCAGUGCCUUGGGUAGUUGACACAUGAGAAGCUCCUGUGACAUCUUGUGAACUGUCACUGCCAUGGAGCCAGGAACCCACCUCAGUGUUGGGACAUCAUUGCUGGUGCUAAUGUACAGACUUCAAGAAUGUGCCUGUCUAAGAUGAAAAGUGGAUGGAGGAAGGACAAGGGCAAAAGUGACAGAGUUUGUUCAAAGAAAAACAAAGCAGGGGCUUCUCAAAAAGCUAGCUUGCCAUUCCCCCAUCACCCUCAACUCUCCCAUUCCCUGAGAAUCCCACAAGUCAGGAAGGUUUCGGUGGCCCUCUUGUGGCGACCUCAAAUAUUGCUCAAUGUUUUUUGGUUGCAUCAUGCAAGUGGUACCAGCUAGAAACAAGGUGUGAAAUAAAACUAUUUUAAAGGUU